AUGCACGUUAAGGUUAUAAUCCUUUUGGUCACUUUAGUGGCUUUCUGUAAUGGCCACCGCGAAUUCGAAACAAAAGUCAAAAACGCAGACACAUUCGCUGCGUUGUUGACGAUUGCAAGGAACGAAAGUGAAUCCGCUGAUUCAUUCAUCUCACAACAAGCAGAGGACUACAAAAACGCUGUUAUCAGUAACAACGAGACAUACAAUGCACUUGUUGAACAAUUUGCAGAAUCAGAGAAGACCAGAAAGUUACAGUGUAUAUUGAGAAAGUUUGAUUAUUCAAGAGUGAGGAAAAGUACUGGGCGAUUGAUUAAAGGCUACGCCAAAGAAAACAUCCCGGAAUAUUUAAAUAAAAAAUAUUCAAAGGAACGCGCGAAGUUAGAGAAGAAUAUUAUUGAUAUUCAGUUGAUGCAGGAUAGGGCUGAACCAAGUGAUGAUGAUAAUCAAGAUGGCGGUAAUGAAGAAAAUCAGGAAAAUGAAGGAGAUGGAGAAAAUACUGAAAAUGAAGGAGAUGGAGAAAAUACUGAAAAUGAAGGAGAUGGAGAAAAUACUGAAAAUGAAGGAGAUGGAGAAAAUCAGGAAAAUGAAGGAGAUGGAGAAAACACUGAAAACGAAGAAGAAGAACCUCCUGUAACUGAAAACCCAGUCCGUCCACCAACAGCAAGAGAAAUCGCUGCGAUGAAAUCCCAAGCAAGGAAGAUGAUCAUCAAAGCCCAUAAAAGAUUCUAUCAUGCCAUCGAAAGGCACAUGAAGGAUAAAAUCAAUAAUCAGGACGCCACUUUAACUCGCCGAAGAGGUGGUAUGACCAAACGUGGCAGACGGCUCAUGAAAUGCGCUGUGUAG